AACAAAGUCGGGCAGGAACCAUCCUGCAGAAAGGCGGGGGGAGGCGCUGCAGUAAAAGCCGCUGCACGUGUUUUCAUUACAACGCUGCCUUGGCGGGAGCCUGAAGCGGCUCCGAUCACGCUCAGCUGCCCCGGGGGCAAAGGCCCGGCUGGCUCAGAGCACGAUGGCCCCCAAAGCGAGGAAGAGGAAGGCAAAGGAGCCUGAGGCAAAGGCUGUGAACUCUGAGGACCUGAAGGCGAAUGGCGGUGCCGAUACGCUGCCAAAGAGGUCACGGGUUGAGGGAUGUCAGGGCCCGGGACCACGUGUGGUUAUUGAGCAUUGUAAGAGCUGACGAGUCUACGGGCGCAACGCCGAUGCCGUGAGCCAGGCGCUGCGCCGCACCGUCGCCAACGUGGUGGUGGAGAUCAACCCUGAGACACCACGCAGGAACAGCUUUGAGGUGUCCCUGGUGAAGGAGGAUGGAAGUACGGUGGAGCUAUGGAGCGGCAUUAAGAAAGGGCCACCUCGCAAGCUCAAGUUCCCUGAGCCACAGAAGGUGGCGGACGUGCUGAAGAGCAGCCUGGUCUAAAGCAGAGCUGCACAGAGCUGGGUCUAGGACCCAUCCAUUCCUUGUGUGGACCGGAGCAUCCAUGAUGAGGCAUGAUGAAGUGGGGGAGGGGCCAAUGUCCAAACCUCAGUCAUGUCUCUGAUACUGCAGCUCUUCCCACGGGGAGUGGUGGGCCAGAUGAUGCCACUCUGUCCUUCGCUUCUGCUCUGCUCCUACAACCAUCCUCUGGCCUUCGUUA